UCCCGAGUGGUUUAAAGGAGGUGUAGCUUUAUUUUAGUUCCUCUUCUUGUUCCUGUAUUAUGUUACUGUUCUUUAUCAUGUGAUAGUCACGGUCCUCGUCCCUCCGCAUCAUUGUGUCACACUGGGUGAUUUUUGACCUGAAAUGGGAGGUUUUUUAAUGGUUUCUUUCCUGCUAUCGAUGCUGUUUAUCGGCACCUGCAGAGGUAAAUACGAGCCGACCUGGGACUCCAUCGACUCCAGACCUCUGCCAGACUGGUACGAUCAGGCCAAGUUUGGCAUCUUCAUCCACUGGGGGGUCUUCUCUGUGCCGAGCUUCGGCAGCGAGUGGUUCUGGUGGUACUGGCAGCAUCAAAAACUAAAGCCGUAUGUUGACUUCAUGCAGAGAAAUUAUCCUCCAGAAUUCAAAUAUCAAGACUUUGCAUCGCAGUUCACUGCUGAGUUCUUUGAUGCCAAAGAGUGGACGGACAUCUUUGCCUCGUCGGGGGCAAAGUACAUCGUCCUGACCACAAAACACCAUGAAGGUUUCACACUAUGGGGCUCAAAAAACUCGUGGAACUGGAACGCAGUGGACGUUGGACCAAAAAGAGAUUUGGUAGAUGAAAUGGCGAGUGCCCUCCGUGCCAACAGUGACCUGCGUUUGGGGCUGUAUCACUCUCUCUUUGAGUGGUUUAAUCCGCUCUUUGAACUGGACGCUGCCAAUGCCUUCACUACAAACUACUUUCCAACCACAAAAUCUCUGCCUGAGCUUUAUGAGCUCAUUACCAAGUACAAACCAGAGGUGCUGUGGUCUGAUGGGGACGGAAACGCACCUGACAAAUACUGGAACAGCACAGGUUUCUUAGCCUGGCUCUAUAAUGACAGUCCUGUACGAGACACGGUGGUGACGAAUGACCGCUGGGGCAAGGACUGCAUCUGCAAGCACGGAGGAUAUUACACCUGUGCUGAUCGCUACCAGCCAGGACACCUGCUCAACCACAAGUGGGAAAACUGCAUGACCGUCGACACAAAGUCCUGGGGUUACAGACGCAACGCUCCUCUCAGAGAUUACCUCACCAUCGAGCAGCUUGUAUCGACGUUGGUGGAGACUGUGUCCUGUGGGGGAAACCUGCUGAUGAACGUCGGCCCGACACACGAUGGAAGGAUCGCUCCCCUCUUUGAGGAGCGUCUGAGGCAGGUGGGUCAGUGGCUGAAGGUCAACGGAGAGUCCAUCUACAACACAACAGCAUGGCGGGUUCAGAAGGACGCCGUCACUCCCAACAUCUGGUACACUUUCAGACCACAGGAAAAGAGCAUCUUUGCCACUUUAUUGCAGUGGCCCAAUAAUGGAUCUGUGAUUCUGAAUGAACCUGUCGUCACACAAGGAAAGACUCAGGUGGUGCUUCUGGGUCACGGGUCUGUGCAGUGGGAGCCGGUGAAGCCCGGCGGGCUGAGGGUCCUCCUGCCUCAGUUGUCCUUCAGCCAGAUGCCCUGCCAGUGGGCCUGGACACUGAAGCUGACAGGUGCCGCUUAAAGGGAAACCAGAUCAACUGAAGAGGAACUGACAGAGCUGCAGGCCGAGAGAAGGACCCAGCGUUUUAUUUUAGAUGUUUAAAUCACUGAAUCACUUUCUGCAGGGCUGUCCCGAAUACAAUUUUUUUUUUGGCUUCAAA